AUUCACAAUGCCGGAUGAGUAUGUAAACAAAAUUUGCACUGUUUUUAAAUUUUAUUGUGUAUAAUUCAUUAUAUUUUUCUAAGAAGAAUUGAUUGAAAAAGGGUGUUUUUUCAUUAAAAAAACAAGAUGAAUCCUGACGAGGAGUUCUUAAUCAACCAGAUCUUGAACACUCUGAAAACAGAUCCAGCUGCUGCAAAAUGCUGGAUGAUAUUUUCAAAAUCAGCAUAUCCUCAAAGCUUUGCUGUCUUAUUUCAGUGUUAUAAAAUGGAAUGUGAAGAAAAAAAUUUAAAUGAGAGUGCAGCAUGUUUGAGUGACUUAAUAAAAAAGUUUCCCAAGGAAGUUAACCUAAUAAAGGAACUGAGGAACAUAGCUAAAGUUUUAUGUUCAGACUCUGAUAAUUUUUUAAAACAGAUUUUUGAACUACUUCCCGAAGAGAUAAAAUAUGAAGUAAUGCUUGUUGUGACAAGAAAUGCACAGACUAUUGAGGAACAUUGUGAGCUAACAUUGUUAUUCUUAAAACGAAUGCCUCAUUCUAGACUACUCAACCAUGGCACCAAUAUUAUUGACACAUUAUUAUCUGCUGAAGAUCACCCUGGUAUUCAUAUUCCUAUAAAUCAAUUUCGUAAAAUGUUAGUUUGUGAUGCAUUGCCUCUUAUACUUCGUGUAUCACAGUUUGAUUAUAAAUUUAAGAUUAUAUUUCAACUUUUACAGAAAGCUGUUGAAUUUUAUGUAAGCUGUAUGUUUACUUUUCCUACUGCACAGGAAGCAGCAAUUCGAAAGGAGGUCAUAGCCCAGUCUGAGAAUAAUCCUGAUGAAGGCUGGAAACCUUUAUUCAAAUUGUUGGAAACUGUUGCUCUUCGAUAUCGAUGGAAUUAUCCGGAGAUGUUUGUUUCAAACUUCAGUGAAUCAAGCUUGCAACAAUUAUUAUCUCUUUUGAAAAGAAAGAACAAAACUUUGGCAUGUCUGAGCAGCGAGAAGCAUAGACGUGAAGAAAUGUCCGGCUUUGAAGAAGCAUAUUUCUGUUUGGUUGUGACAUUUUUUUAUUAUUUGUAUAGUUUUGGAAGGCUCAUUCACACCAAGAAUCAAUCAGGUCCAGGUGUUGGACCAUUUAAUUAUUUCCUUAUGGAAGGAAUUUCUUCUCCCCAAGAAAAUUGUCCCAAAACUUUAGGACCUGAAUUUAAGCGUACAGAAAGAGGGUACAUUGUUGUAAGCAAAUCUGCUCCACCAGAAGUUUCCAACAUGCUCAUACCUUCAUUUGUCACAGUUGUGGAAUGCUGGGAAAUGCUGCAUCGGCACCAGCAUUUUUUAAAGGAAUUUCAGAAUUUGAGUAAAAACAUACAACUAGAAAACUGGCCAAUAUUUCAAGAGUUUUUUAUCAACAUGCUGAUGUAUGGACGAGCUCACCGUGAUGCAAUUGAGCAUUUGAGUCGAGUACAAGGAACUACAGGCGAUUUAAGCACAAAGAAUAAAUCCUCUCUACAGGUUGCAAGCUGUUACUAUUUUCUUGGAGAGUUCAAACAUUGCCUUCAGAUUUUAUUUGACGUCGUCUUAAGCUUGCCACAUAGUACCACUGCUUCACCUAAAUCUGCUAUUGGGCGAUGUCCAGCAAGAUUCUUGUAUUUCAUGGGUUAUAAUAACAAAGAAAUUUUGCAAUAUACUAUUUCUAUGCUUUUAAAAUUGUACAAAUGUAAAGAUAACAUAGAUGAUACAUAUAAAGAUAUUGCAUUAGGAUACAUGCUAGUGUUGAUGCAGUAUGAUAUGGAGCAUGAGUAUGAAUUGUUAAAUCGGAUAAUUGAGACGAUAAAGAAAGCAAAAAGUUUUUGCUUUCCAAAAUUCUUUAACUAUAUAAUUAAUGUUGAUAUUCUUGAAGAGAUAUCAUACUUGGCUACACCUGUUGGAGGUGGUGUGAAUUUGGAAAUUUUGUCAACUCCCACGUUUCAGGCAAGUAAACAGCGAGCUGUUACUCGUGGAGUUAACAAAGGAGCUAGAGAUGAUCUGAAGCAAGCAUUUGUAAAUCAGAUGGCUCGCUGUUAUGAGAAUAUUGACAAUUUGUUUAUUGAAUUUAUAAAGGAAGAAGAUAAAUAUCUUCUUUUGCCAUUGAGUGAUUCUUUAUAGUUGAAAUUGUAGCUUCAAUUUCUAUCCAUUGUAAAGUAAUGCAUUUUUCGCAUCAUGAUUGUAUGUAACAAAAAUAAAGUUUUUGGAAAAAAUUUA